CCCCAAUUUUUUAGGCCGAUACUUUGACGAAGUAGCAGAAAAAUGAUCAAAACAAUAUAAUUAACGAUGACUUGAAUGAAAGCGUCGCAACCACCAGUAUCCAUCUACGAUAUCAUUGUCGUCCGCUGUCGAUAAAACCGUGAACGACUCCACGAAAAAGAAACAAACGACAGCGAGUUGCAGUCCAGGAUUACCAAAAAGCAAAAAUGCCGUCUUCACAAUCUCCAGUGAAAAAGUUUUUCAUUGAGGAGCCGUAUGUUUCUCCGGUGAAGCCAAAAAACGACACCGAGGUUGAGACGAUUCUCGGGAAGAAGAAGACGCCAGAAAAAAAUGACGAUGCUGAACAGGAUCUGCUAGCAGAAGUGGAGGAUGUUGAGGAGCCAAAACCGCUUGUCAAGAUCAAAGACGCAUUGGAACAGGCUGCAAUUGCUGAGCCAGCGGUUGCUAAAGCAGAAAUAGACGAGGCAGACAAGAUGCACUACUGUUCGAAGUAUAGUCAUAGCAUCUUUCUAUCAUGCGAGACGUUAUCUUCUUUUUUUGAGUGCGAAGGAUGCAAUUUUACAUCAACAUGUCGGAUUUUCUUAAGUCGCUGCUAUCUACUGUGGUAGUGCAUUUCUGUACCUCUCGUUUCAGAUGGUGCCCCUGCUUGAGUGCAUUUGCAUUCUUAUGCGCCCUGUUGACCCUGCCGCAUGCUGUGGCGCCGCGCGCUUACUCGCUUGUGCUUACCGCUGGCUUGGCGGAAUUGCCUUCUUUGACUGCCACAGCACGACGCGCCACCGCUCACGGUAUUAGCUACGACCCAGUUGUGUAGAUACAUACCUACCUCGGGGUGACGAGUAAUAAGUAACAAUAAGUGCCAAAGUGCAAUAAAUGUAUGACUGUGAGCGCACGAAUAGUUCUUGUACGCCAAGAAGUUGCGCACACGCUGUUUUCGUGCAGGGCGUUGGUAGCGUUUCUUGAAAACGGGGCAACAACACACAAGGUGCGCAAAAAAAAUCAUACUGCUUGAGUAUGAUUCUGAAGGGAGAUAGAUAUAUUUAUCUACUUUUUUGAAUAUAUUCCAAAUCAGGGCGAAAUGCUGGAAUUUUGUGCUCCCUGGCAAGAAGACCUGCGGCAAAGACGGAUGCCAGAAGCACACGUACGAGAUCACAAGAGACAACAUUGCCUCCGUGAAGGGGCACUACCGAAAGUCCAGCACGGGCAGCAUGCACUACGUCAAAGGCUUCGAGCGCGCCGGCGGCCAGGCUUUGAAGGCCAUGGAGCACACUCCGCCGCGCAAAGGAUACCAGACAAAACAGCUGCUCCAGGAAGAGUACCAGAAGCUGUGUGAAGAUGACGCGGCGGCGGCCCCAGCAGCGGCAAUCGAGGACGCGGCGGGGGGCUCGAGCUCCUCAGCGGCUAAAGAAGUUUCGGCAGCAGAAGGACCGGAGAAAAAAGAAGAUGAUACAAAUGUAGGCGUGUCCGGCGAGCAGCACAAUGCGAGGGACGAGCCCGCUGCCGCGGGACCCAAGGAGCCGGCGACGAAAAAGAGAAAAAUGUCCAAAGCGGUUGCGGAAAAGCAGGAAGAACAUGAGGAACUCAAGAAGAUGAUCGAAAAGAUCAAUAGUGCAAGCGCGACACAAUUCGCUGAGAAACGGUGGGACCUGCACCCGCGAGACUAGAGGAACAAGAAACCAUUGCUCUAGCAGUAGAGCGUAUUUGUUAGGUUUCGGAAGCUGCUCUCCUGUUUGUGUACCACAACAAACUACAGUAUGAAGUCUUCGGACGAAGAAAACAAUGAAAUGCUCUAAAGUGUACUGAAUGAGGAUAGUCCUCGCAGAGCUUAUUUUUUGGUGCUCGGUCUCCUAAGUCGCACGACUCAGAAGAGUUACUAGGCGGGAAAGGAACUACAAGUUUUGUGUCAAUUGUGACUAAGGAAUCCUGAUGAGAAAAUGAUGGAAAGUGUUAAGCUCCCAGCCACCUGUGUCAUUUUCCCGAAAUAAAAGAACUGUCCGCGCAGGUGUGAACGAUCGUGGCGCGUCUAAGUAUCCGCAGAACUCGAGGACACAUAAAAUGCCUCACCCCUAGACCUAUAGUUCGCUUUGUGAUUUAACGGAAAAGUUCACGGCACAGAAACGCGGAGUUGUGAUUAAUAUCAUUCAACAAAAUCAAUGUAAAUAAAAGGUCGUGUUGUAACCGCUUGUAAAUUUCUGAGCUAGUACUACUAGAAAGCAAAAACAAAACUUUCUGAAGCGACAACCGUACACUAGCAGUCAU